CUCUCUCUUUCUCUCUUUUUCUCUCUCUUUUUCUCUCUCUUUUUUUCUUCAGGAACAGGAACAAGGAUAUACAGCGCCAAUAAUCAUUUGAGCACCGCACAUUAUACAAACCAGAACACCACAGGAAACUAUCAUCUCCUAUCCUUGCGCUUCCAAGGCUAGUGUACAACAUAGGAGAUCUGAACCUCCUAGACUAUUCUAGUCUUCAUCCACUGCACACUUCUACAGACAGUAUUCACAGCUAUAGCGAAGCCCUUUUAUUCCUCGAGCCGUACUCACCAUAUACAGGCGUGUCAGAGAUGGAACCCGUGCGACAAGGUCGCAGUUGGAUGACGUCGUUGAAGCGCGCGUUAGCGCCAUUGCAACCCCUCGCCACGAUGAUCAGUACUGCUUCUGUGAUGUCCGGUAUUGUGCCCCUGAUGCAGGCAGCGCUCAGAACAGGUAGCCCCACCGUGAUGAUCUUUGGGCUCGCAUUCACGAGUAUGAUGGCGUUUACGAUUGCGUUGUCGCUGGCAGAUAUUGCCUCUGGGUUUCCCAAUGUCAAGGGUGGUCUGAUUGAAUAUAGCCGACGAUUAGCACCACCGAAACUAAGCCGUAUAUCCUCAUGGAUGGUUGGAUGGCUCCAUUUUUGUGCACUCGUUACCGGCGCGACGAGCUACGCAUUUUCAUUUGCGUUGUUCGGGACAACAGUGAUUGAGCUUUCAACAGGUAUUGUGCCUAGCCGCUCAGUCACUGUGUUCAUUCGUAUCCUCGUCAGCAUCCUAUAUGGGACUAUCAGCGCGUUCAAUAUAACGGUCGAUUUCGCCUCUGUGAUGUGGCACAUAAUAGGUCCCAUUUUGAUCCUCAUGACGAUAGCCACCUCGGUUAAAAAUCCACCUUCGGCCCGCUGGGUGUUUACUCAUUUCGAAAAUCAGACUGGAUGGUCCUCACCAUUUUAUGUUGUCCUUCUUGGCCUAACGCAGGGUGCGUUUACGACAGCCGGAUAUGACACGCCGAUCCACACCCUGCAUAACAUCAAAAACGCUGCGUGGAGAGUGCCUCGGGAAAUUCUCUCUGGCCUCCUGGCAUCUUUCAUCACUGGCGAGUUAUUGAUUCUAACGCUUCUUUUUGGGGUCAAUAACAUUGACGCAAUCUUGAAUCCUACGAUAUCGGGCACUGCCUCGGUCGAGAUAUUUGUCCAUUUAGUUGGAAGCAUCGGAGUGGCCUGCAUCUUGCUCAUUUUCAUGGGUACUUUCUUCUUCAGCGGACAGGACGUUUUGAUAGCAUGCAGCAAGAUUGGACACGAACUCGCCAUGAAAGAUGUAUUUCCAAAAUCCGAGUUUCUAUCCCAUGUUGGGCCGAGAGGACAGCCAGCCAGAAUGGCUUGGUUGUGUACGUCCAUUUCUUGCGGCAUCGGGAUUCUAUAUCUUGGGAACAAGACUAUUCUGCAGACCCUAACAUCUGCAGUAGCGAUCGAAUUAAACCUAGUGUAUUGUGCUCCUGUCGCCCUUCGGCUGUUUUAUCCUAGUCCAAUACGCUUCCACCCAGGCUCUUUUUCACUCGGUCGUUGGGGACGACUUCUCGCGGCUGUAGCCGUCUCGUGGUCCGUGAUUUGCGUGUUCACCUUCUCGCUCCCAAAUUAUCACCCCAUUUCGAUCGAUAAUAUGAACUAUGCUAGCGUUCUCUUCCUCUCCACUAUUGGACUGGCAUUGGGAUAUUGGUUUUAUUCUGCGAGACAUUGGUUCGAAAUGGAUCGACCGCCAGCAUCGUCCCCUGAGAAUAAGAGCGAGAAUGAGGCCAAGAUCAAUACAGAGCAACGAAAAUUGCCUGUGGCUGUCAUUUCCGAGGGCUGUCUCCAGGAGAAAGACCUGGAAGAGAUCGAGAGCUGGCUGGAUCGCCUUGAGCGCGACCUUCAUCUAAUGAAAUAACUCCUGCACCUUUUUUCUUGCAGAGAAUCAUAGCAUUUAAUAAUAUCUGUAAAAGUACUUAUAAAGAGGAGGUAGCGCCACUAGAUAAUGACUAUGGAGCCUCC